GUUUUUUAAUCAAAACAAAAAAAAUAUAUAAUAUUUAUUUAUAUAAAAAAAAAAAAAGUAACCCUUUUAACUGAAUAUUGCAAUCUUAUUUCACAUGUAAAUGAAAUUAUUUAUAUAUUAAAAUAAUAGUGUAUUAAAUAUUGUAUGACAAUUAAUUGAAAAAAUAUAUUAAAAAAAAAAAAAUAAUUUGCAAAAAAAAUCUUUUGCGGUGUUAAGGUGAAUAACCUUUUUUUCAGUUCAUAUACCGCUACAUUGAAGCUGUAACAUUUUUCAAUUAAAUUUGACAUCAGUAUCUUGAUAAAAAAAAUUAGAAAUAUUACAAAGAAUUAAUAAUGGUUGUACUGAGUAAUUUUUUAACACCUCAAGAGGGAAUCAGACAUGAGGAAAAAAAUACAACAGUAUAUCUUAAUGACAGAGAAGUUGGUAAAGGAACACUUUAUAUAACUGAAAGUCUAUUGUCAUGGAUUGACAGUACAACACAGCAAGGUUUUUCUCUUGAAUAUCCACAUAUUUCAUUGCAUGCAAUAUCCAGAGAUGAGCAAGUACAUCCUCGACAGUGUCUCUACGUCAUGGUUGAUGCCAAAGUUGAUUUACCAGAUGUUCAAGUUCAACCAAAUGAUAAUGAUGCUAAUGAUGAUGAUGAUGAUGAUGAAGAAGAAUCAGAAACACCAAUGACUGAAAUGAGGUUUGCACCAGAUAAUACAAAUAGUCUUGAUGCAAUGUUUCAAGCAAUGAACACAUGUCAAGCACUUCAUCCUGAUCCACAAGACAGCUUUUCAGAUGCUGAAGAAGAUAUUUAUGAAGAUGCAGAACAGGAUGAUGUUGAUUAUUAUGAAGAUGAUGAUUUUGAAUAUUACGAAGUUGGUGCUGGUGAUGGAAAUUACAAUUUACCAACAGAUACAACAAAUGGUAAUCAAAAUGGUACUGAAGCUGAAGAAUCAAUGGACAUUGAAGCUGGUCAAUUUGAAGACGCUGAAGAAGAUCCUUAAGUAUUUAAUUAACUUAAUUAAAUUAAAUAUUAAAAAAAAAAAAAAAAAACGUAUCA